AGCGAUCAAGCAGUCAAAGAUCUCCAUACCAAUCUUUUCGAAAGGAUAUGCUGACAGUACAUGGUGCCUUAGGGAGUUGGUCAAGAUGGUGGAGUGCAAGAACACAAGGAGACAUAAGAUCAUGCCCAUUUUCUAUGAUGUCACACCAUCUGAGGUAAAAAACCAGACUGAGCACUACGGCGAGGCCAUUGUUUCUCAUGCAAACAAGAAGCAGUUUAAUAAUGAGACUAUCUACAAGUGGAAGGCUGCUCUCAAUGAGGUUGGAGCGCUAAAGGGUUGGGAUCUCCGAAGCAUGCCAAACAGAGGCAAAGGAGAAUUCGUGAAAGAUGUCGUCAAUGAUGUUUUGACGGAGUUGAAACUGCCUACUUGGAACUAUCCAAUUGCUUAGUUGAAGUAGACAAUCAUGUGGAUGAAAUCAUAAGGAUGAUAGGCCCACACGACCAUGAAACAAAGAUCGUUGGAAUCCACGGUAUGGGUGGCAUGGGAAAGACGACUCUUGCCAAAAUAAUGUACAAUCAACUUUCUAAUAAUUUUGUUGAUUGUUGCUUCCUUGGUGACAUCAGAAAAAAAGAGAUCACGCGCUUGCAAAUUCAACUCUUAUUGACCAUCCUUAAAAGAAAAUGGCCUGACAUCAAUGAUGUCAUGGAAGGGAAAAAGGCAAUCAAGGAAAGGUUGUGCUCUAAAACAGUGCUUCUUCUGCUUGAUGAUGCUGAUGAUGCAAGUCAACUUGAAGUGCUCGUGCACAAGCGUGAGUGGUUUGGAAAGGGAAGCAAGAUUAUCAUUACAACUAGAGAUGAGGGAAUUCUUAAAGUGCCCGCACUUGUUGAUGGGACUUAUGAACUUAGGGCCAUGGAUUUUAAUCAUUCUCUUCAACUUUUUAGCAAACAUGCUUUUAGAAGAGAUUAUCCCUUAGAGCAAUACGUCUCUCACUCUGAAAGAGCAGUAAAUAUUUGUAGCGGUCUUCCUUUGGCUCUUGAGGUUAUAGGAUCUCUUCUAUCUGGAAAAAGUAUAGAGGAGUGGGAUGUCACAUUAAAGGAGCUAGAAGAAUCUCCACAAGAGGAUGUUGGAAAGAAGUUGAUGAUCAGCAUCGAGGCAUUAAAUGAAAACCAAAGAAAAAUAUUUCUUGAUAUUGCUUGUUUUUUCAUUGGGUAUGAUAGGAGGGUUGUGAUUCCCAUGUGGGAAAGCUGUAAAUUUCUUCCUCAUCAGUCGCUUGGAAUCCUCCAGCAAAGAUCUUUGAUAAAGAUUAUAGAUGAUAACCAACUGUGGAUGCAUGAUUGGUUAAGAGAUGUUGGAAGAAAUUUUAUACAACAAGGAAUUGGUAUGAAACCAGAGAAGCAACAAUGGGUGUGGACUCAU